ACGGCUCGAGAAGCUCUUAGACCCAGACGCCGGCACACUCGGGAACCGGAAGGCCGGAAGCCCCACCAGACGCCCAAAUGCCCCGCCGCCUCGGGACGACCUACUCCGGCCGGAUCGCAGCCGCGACGCCGUCCCCCUCCGGCCCCUCCAUCACCGUCACCGUAUCCCCGACUCCUCCCCCGACGCCGCUCGACCCCCGCGGUUACCCGCUCCCCCGCCGCCACCUUAUCUGCGCCGCCGCCGGCAUCCUCCGUUUUCCCGCCUCUCCCACCCCGCUGGUCGACCUCGCAGACUACCUCCGCGACCGCCGCCUCACGCUCACCGCCUCCGAGGCCUCUGAGAUAGUCAAGGCCCUCUCCCCCGACCCCGCCCUUGCUCUCGCCUUUUUCCGCUUCGCCCCCGCUUCCCUCCCGGGCUUCCGUCACGACGCCUUCUCAUACAACCGCAUCCUGGCGCUCCUCUUCCGCACCAGGGCGGACCCAAGCGAGGCUCUGCGUAUCGUCUCGGAGAUGGAGCGGGACGGCGUGGCCGGCAACAUCUCCACGGUGAAUUUGCUGGUUGGAAUGGGCGGAGGAGGCGUGGAGGUGACCAAGUGCCUGGAGCUGGCCAUGAAGUGGGGGUUGAGGCUUAAUGGCUACACCUACAAGUGCAUUCUGCAGGCUCAUUUGAGGAGCAGGGAGGUGUCCAAGGGGUUCGAAGUCUAUGAGGAAAUGCGCAGAAAGGGGUACAGGCUGGAUAUAUUUGCGUAUAACAUGCUGCUUGAUGCCCUUGCCAAGUCUGGAAUGGUUGACCAAGCUUACCAAGUCUUUGAAGAUAUGAAACAAAAGUACUGUGAGCCGGAUGCGUACACAUAUACUAUACUAAUUAGAAUGUCUGGGAGGGCUGGGAAGACUUCUAAAUUUCUCUCAUUUUUUGAUGAAAUGGUAUCAAAAGGAUGUGCUCUUAACCUUAUUGCUUAUAAUACUCUUAUUGAGGCUCUUGGUAAGAACAAGAUGGUGGACAAGCUAAUCUUUGUACUUUCCAAAAUGAUCGAGAGCGACUGCCAGCCCAAUCAAUUCACAUAUAGCAUUACAUUGGAUAUUCUGGCAACAGAAGGACAACUGCACAGACUAAAUGAGGUUCUGGAUAUCUGUGAUAGAUAUAUGAACAAAUCAAUUUAUUCUUAUUUGGUCAAGUCACUUAGCAAAUCUGGGCAUGUAAGUGAGGCACAUAAUGUAUUCUGUCAGAUGUGGAACUCCUAUGAAACCGGAGACAUGGAUGCUUUCGUAUCAAUGCUUGAGGUGUUAUGCAAUUCAGGAAAAACAUUAGAGGCUAUUGAUCUCCUACAUAUGAUGCCUGCAAAAGGGGUUGCUACUGAUGUUAGCAUGUACAAUAUGGUCUUUUCAGCCCUUGGAAAGCUCAAACAGGUCUCUUUCAUAACCAGUCUCUUUGACAAGAUGAAAGCUAACGGGAUUGCUCCGGAUCUUUUUACCUACAACAUUGUGAUAUCAAGCUAUGGUAGAGUUGGCUUAGUUGGUAAAGCAUCUGGAUUGUUUGAAGAAAUGAACGCUAGCAGUUGUAAACCUGAUGUCAUCACUUACAAUUCUUUGAUAAACUGUCUUGGGAAAAACAGAGAUCUUGAUGAAGCCCACAUGCUUUUCAAAGAGAUGCAGGAGAAGGGAUAUGAUCCUGAUGUCUUCACUUACAGCAUACUGAUUGAAUGCUUUGGGAAAUCUAAUAAGGUUGAUAUGGCAUGCAGCUUAUUUGCUGACAUGAUUGCAGAGGGAUGCAUCCCUAAUGUUGUAACUUAUAACAUCUUACUUGAUUGUUUGGAGAGGCAUGGGAAGACAGCAGAAGCUCAUAAACAUUAUGAGACUAUGAAGCAGCAAGGGUUAACUCCUGACUCGAUAACUUACUCAAUACUUGAGCGGUUGGAAACUAGAUCUCAGCGAACAGUGCGAAUACGAAAGCCAGCUCGGGCUACAAGUUGGGUUGUCAGUCCUCUAAGAUGAUGGUGGCAGGGAUCUGCCCUGGUUCUUCAGCUUGUGUACCGGAGUCUGUCUACAAUGUUGAAUUGUAUUUCAAUGCUCCAAUGAUAUCAAACUAUGUGUUCAGUCACUAUUGAAAAUUUCUGGCUUUCUUCUUUUGAAUGACAAGUUAGGGAUCUUGGUCAGGCAUAAUACAUGGUUACUUGGGUUGCAAUCCUGAACAAAUCAUGAACCAUAUACUGGAUAAGCUAUUGUGUAAAAUUCAAAAUCAACAGUUCAAGAAGCAAGUAUCCCUAUUUCAAGUUCCUGCAGAUAUGUGGGUUCUUGCAAUUAAGACUUACAGGGUAUCCAACACGAUGACUGCAAGUCUGUAAUUUGGUUAUCCUAUGUUAUGCAACUGAGACAGGUUAGACGAGUCAUGACAUCAAAAAGAGAGAACUUGGUGAUUUUUUAGGUUGUUGGAUUAAAGGAUGCUUGUCAUGGCAAAGUUCUGGUUGACAUUGAUGAUACACUCCAAAACAGGCUGAUCUUGCCUGCCAGCCUGGUGUCUUUAUCAGUUUCUCUUCACUUGAUGAGGAACAAUAGACAAGUAAAAGAAGAAGAAGAAGAAGAAGAAGAAGAAGAAGAAGAAGAAGAAGAAGAAGAAGAGAAGUCACAUCUGUUUGACUGCUUCUAGAUACUUCUAUUCUCCUUCAUUAUUAAUUUUCUAGUGUUCUAGCUAUAAGUAGAAGUUGAGGUGUGAAGGCGUUCCAAAGCUCUGUAAAUAGAGGUCCUCACCUCUAGUUUGUGACCAGACUAUGUACCCCACUAUCUAUAUUGAACUUGAUGUUCUUAUCGAAGAUCUUGGACUAGAUUUGACGCACGAUUCAUGUUGCUUACAAAUAUACCACCGCUGAGUAUUCCAUAUUUGUUUAGUAUUCCAAA